GGUUGACCUUGGGCCAAAAGGCAAGAUGACCAAUGAGCCGAUUAAGUUUAUCUGAUGUCCGUCUAAAUUAACUGUUCUUGCCACCGAACAAUCCCCUUGGAAGGAACACGGACUAAUCACUUCAGACACCCUCUUGACUUAAACACUACAACCCUGCAGACAACACUUGAAUAUUAACAACAAGGGAACUCAAUCGCUGAAGGAGCCACGCAAGAAGAAUACCAGCUGAUCAAAGUUUGAGAGACCAACUAACUGAAGACCUGACCAAGACUAAUGAUGAUCACGACUGGAGUGGUAUUUUUAGCUGUGCUGGCUGUCCAGUGUGGCGCAGGCGAAUCUUUGAGAGGCCUAGGACUAGUUCGCCAUAUCAACAAUGAUGACUGUCCCUACCAGAGACCAAAAUCCUACUGUGAGCAGGGGCUACUUUUCUCCAGUGAAGAUGAAUCAGACUGUUACGAUGACAGCGAGUGCUCGUCGCCCAUGAAAUGCUGCAUGAAGGGUUGUGGCAAAAAAUGUGUCCAGCCUGUUCAUUAUUCCACAUGGACCGAUGCUCCGGUCGAUCUCGGUAUCGUGCUUGACGCGAACGAAAAUACUUGGGAGAAAGUGAAGAACAUGACCAAAGAAAUCAUAAACGCGACGACAGUAUCAAAGGAUGUCACGCAUAUUGCCUUGGUAACGACAGCUCUGCCCAGUCAGACGCUGUUGAGGUUUAAUCAACUCAAUGAUAGCGAGAUAAGCCGUGACAAAGUCUUGAGUAUCAUUGACGGGAUUGAACCACUAAUGAGGGCUGGAAAACUUAGUAAAGCUCUGAAGAAGGCAAAGGAAAUGUUUAAAGAAUCUAACGGCGCUAGAAAAGACGCAAUCAAGGUUCUUCUUGUCAUCAGUGACGCAAAUAUGAGUCCCAACGAAAACAAACACGCUUUAGCCACUUCCGAGUCGCUGAGGAAAUCUGGAGUCCUGGUACACACUAUUGGCGUUACCAUGGAAAUGAGCUUAAUGCACUUGGUGGAAAUCGCUACGAGUGAUUAUUACGUCUGGCCCGGUGUUGACCACGAGUUGUUGUGGAUGCUUAAGGAGCUGGAGAAACAACCAGGCGACAUCAAUCAUUCAUCGCAAACAGUGGGCCUUUCAAAAUUGUAACAUUUCAAGCAGUAUAAACGGUUUCUCUUAUCCUACUUAGGGUCUGGGAUUAUAUCAUCAUCGUCAUCGUCAUUGUCGUCGCCAUCAUCAUCAUCAUCAUCAUCAUCAUCAUCAUCAUCAUCAUCAUCAACUUUAUUAAACUCUCGAAUUUAUAUAGCCACUAACAGAAAUUCGCUUCUCACAUUCUUCAUACAUGCACUUAGCUGAAAGCUCGUAUGAAAACUUCGAUCUUCUCGUUCGUUAAGGUUGCGAUUUGGCAAAUUUAAUUAAACGGAAAACAGUUCGAUAAAUUAGAGCGAAAAACGUGUUCUUUUAAAACUUGUUGCUAAUACAACCAAAACUAUAUCGUCCUAGAUAUCAGUAUCGGGUUUUCAUUUGGUAGUGUCCAAACGCAGGACGAACUGCUGCCGUAAUAUUAAAUGUAU